AUGAAGCUAGAGAAGAAAACGUCGGCUUUCACCUUUGUUCUCCUCCUGCACUUCAGUUUGGCAAGACAAUCGGACUACGCUCCGUAUUUCUACGACAAUGGACCCAGCGGUACAAAUGGGAACAUGGCUUUGUUCAGCAUCUCUGAGGACACCCCGGUCGGCACGCAGAUUUAUGUCCUCAACGGCAGCGAUCCCGAGGGCGAUCCCAUCCGAUACGGUCUGACGUUCCAAAUGGGCUCCACGGAGUAUUUUAGGGUGGAUCCCAAGUCUGGAAACGUGACUCUCGUUCUGGAGCUGGAUCGAGAGGAACAAGAUGAGAUUUCUGUGCUCGUUAGUAUCACGGACGGGCGGAAUAAAGUGGUUGAAAAGGUGAGAGUGUUUGUCACCGACGCCAACGACGAACCGCCCCGGUUCCAAAACUUGCCUUUUAUCGUCGAUAUUGCCGAGGAUGUCAUAGCUGGCAGCAGCAUUUACAGAGUCCUGGCGCGGGAUAAAGAUCUGGGCUCAGGAGGCAGCGUCUCCUAUUCCCUGCAGCCGACGCCAUUCUCCAAGUUCGCCAUCGACGCCCACAGCGGGAUCCUGAGGGUGAAACCCGGCGAGCGUCUGGACUACGAGACCACGCCCACGCACUUUGUGACAGUGGUGGCCAAGGAUGGAGGAGGAAAAUACAAGGGCAAACUUCAGGUUUUGUCCUCCACAGCCACCAUAACGGUCAACGUCCUCGAUGCCCAAGACAUGCCUCCAUCUUUUGUAGGAACGCCUUACUUUGGCUAUAUCUACGAAGUCUCCGUUCCUGGCUCAGAGGUAUUCACCGUGUACGCCAGAGACGGGGAUCAAGGGAAUCCCAAUCCCAUUUAUUAUUCCAUCAUCGAUGGAAGUGACGGCGUCUUUGACAUCAACAGCACCAGCGGAUGCAUCACCUUGACAACGCACCCAUCACUGCUCAAAAACGAACUCUACGAAAUUAAAGUCAAGGCAUCUGAGGUAGGAGCCCAAGAUCUGCUUCAGGACUACAACAUCGCCGUGGUGACGGUACGAGUGGUGGAUCUCAACAACCACCCGCCCACAUUUUACGGCGAGAACGGGCCGCAGAGCAAGUUCGAGGUCACCAUGUACGAGCACCCUCCGUCGGGCGAGAUCCUGCGCGGGUUUAAGAUCACCGUUAACGAUUCUGAUCAAGGGGCAAACGCCAAAUUCAAACUGAGACUGGUAGGUCCGAGCCGUGUUCUCCGAGUGGUGCCCCAGACAGUCCUGAACGAAGCCCAGGUGACCAUUAUCGUGGAGGACACGUCCGGCAUUGACUACGAAAAGGGACCAACGCUCUCAUUUAAGCUAUUGGCGGUGGAGCUCGACACUCCGGAGCGCUUCAGCGCGACGGCAGACAUUGUGAUCAACCUCCUGGACACUAAUGACAACACUCCCAAAUUUACGUCAGAGUAUUACAUCGCCAGGGUCGCAGAGAACUCGCCCGGAGGCACCAGUGUUUCCACUGUUACAGCGAAUGAUCCCGAUUCAGGACCCUGGGGUGAAGUCAAAUACAGCAUCUAUGGAUCAGGAUCAGAUUUGUUUUCCAUCCACCCGUCGACGGGCAUCAUCUCCACGCAGCCGUGGACAACGUUGGACGCUGAGGUUCGCUCCAAGUUUAACUUCUACGUGAAGGCGCAAGACUCGGAGGGAAAGUACAGCCUGGCCGAGGUCUUUGUCACCGUGCUCGACAUGAACGACCACUGGCCUGAAUUUGAGGAGCCGCUACUAGAGAAGACUAUGAUCAUCGGAACGCCCGUCAAAGUAGAGGCGGUGGACGACGACGCAGAGUCUCCAAACAACGUCGUGGAGUACUGCAUCAUGACGGCGGAUCCCGACAACGCGUUUGACAUCAACGCCGAAACGGGCGAGAUCAAGCUGAAGCCGUACAUCAAGUCCAUGGAGAUAGUGAACAACAUCACCAUGGAGAAGGCCUGCAAGUGGUCGCUGGUGGUCGAGGCGCGAGACCAAGGUUCUCCGUCUUUUAGCACCACCGCCGUGGUCAACAUUGACAUCACAGAAGCGAUUCCUCUAAAGGGGCCUAUGGCGGCCUUUUUAAUGAAAAGCAGGGACAACCCCAUGAAAGCGUUGGGCAUGCUUACGUUCAUUAUUAGCUUGUUGGUAGGAGCGACCGUUCUCAUCUCUACGGCUAUGUACAUGCGCAACGCCAAGUCCCAAAACAGGGUGACGCCUGCGCGCCGCAUCAUCAAGAGGAGACCCAGGCAUCGGCAGCCCUGGAGUUUCAACAUGUCCGCGUUUAAAAUUCGCAACCCCUCCGAGAAGUUUCUCAUGGAGGAUCUGGAGGGAACUCCCAAGCAGAAGAGCGGCAAUCAGAAAGCGAGGCCGCCACCGCCACCCUGCGCCCCGUGUCUGCCCCCGGCCAACUACCGACCCCCCGAGUGGUCCCGUGCUGUUCCCACCAUAUCUGGAGCCUUGUCCUCCAAAGGCUCAAAGAAAGGCAACUCGUGUCGUCGCAAGGAGGGCAAUAUGAGCUCUGCGCUGGUUUCCGAGUUGAAAAUGAGGCUGGAGCAGAAGAUUAUAGAAAACAAUCAAGGUUACUAUUAA